UGAUCUGGGUUGGCCUGACUUUAACCUUAACGUAUGGGUUUGUUUUGAUUCCCAUUUAGUUAUCAAAAUCUUUCAAAAUUAUAACGUAAACUCCCGGCUCAACUAAUAAAAUUCUUUUUCACCGGAAUGUCUGACAAUAAGGCAUCAUCAUCUAGUGGCCAGCGUCAACCUGGCUUGCAGUUCAGCACCGCCCUUGGUACACCAGAAACGAAGCGCAAGAUGCUUCUAUAUAGACGCUUGCUUAGUCGAGAGUUGUCCAAGGAGGUAAAGGAUGCCCAGACAAUACUCCGGGCCAGAAAUAGGAGGCUUCAGGAGCAGGAUAUGGGCCGCUUUCCAAGAUCUUAAGUGAAACAAGAGGCCACCUUUAGUUGUAGUAGAGUUUACGUUUCCGCGUUCAUACAACUUUAUUCAAUAAAUUUGGUAAUUUUGGUAAAAUA